AUGAGAGAGGCGGUGCUGCGGUCUGGGGGCUCGUGGUCACCAUGGGGUGGGCCCUUCUUCAGUCCUGAGCUUGAGCGGCUAGGAGAGACGUGGACCCGAGAGGCCCUGGCUCCGGUGGCCGCGUGCUGCUCUGGAGCUCCCGCCUCCGGGGACGGCGCGGCCGCCAGGAGCUGUCGGGACUUUGACCGCCUCUCCCGGAUUUGCCAGUUCCGCGUCACGCAGCUGAGAAUACUGGUUUGGAAAGAGCUCGACUAUGGCUCCAUGACAGAGGCGGAGAAGCAGAUGCUCGUGUCCGAAGUCAAUCUGCUCCGUGAGCUCAAACACCCGAACAUUGUCCGUUACUAUGAUCGAAUCAUUGACCGCAGCAACACAACGCUGUACAUUGUUAUGGAAUAUUGUGAAGGCGGGGACCUGGCUAGUGUCAUUACGAAGGGAACCAGGGACAGACAGUACUUAGAUGAAGAGUUCGUUCUUCGGGUGAUGACUCAGCUGACGCUGGCCCUGAAGGAGUGUCACAGGCGAAGCGACAGCGGCCACACGGUGCUGCAUCGGGACCUGAAACCAGCCAACGUUUUCUUGGAUGGCAAGCGAAACGUCAAGCUCGGAGACUUCGGGCUCGCCAGGACAUUGAGCCACGACAUGAGUUUUGCGAAAACAUUUGUUGGCACACCAUACUACAUGUCUCCUGAACAAAUGAAUCGCAUGUCUUACAAUGAGAAGUCCGACAUCUGGUCCCUGGGUUGUUUGCUGUAUGAACUGUGUGCGCUAAUGCCUCCGUUUACAGCUUUCAACCAGAAAGAACUGGCUGGGAAGAUCAGGGAGGGUAAAUUCCGGCGGAUUCCUUACCGCUUCUCGGACGAGCUAAAUGACCUCAUUACGAGGAUGUUGGAUUUAAAGGAUUACCACCGGCCCUCCGUGGAGGAAAUUCUUGAGAACCCUUUGAUAGCUGACAUGGUCGCAGAAGAGCAGCAGGGACAGCUGGAACGGAGAGAGCACAGAGCAGCCGGCACUGGGGAGCCUGAGAAGCCAGGGGACUCCAGCCCGGCGCUGAGCGAGCUGCGGAGGAAGGAGCUGCAGCUGCAGGAGCGAGCGCGGGCCCUCCGGGAGCGGGAGGACAUGCUGGAGCAGAAGGAGCGUGAGCUGUGUGUGCGGGAGAGGCUGGCAGAGGACAAGCUGGCCCGCGCCGAGGGGCUGCUCAAGAGCUGCGGGCUGCUGAGGGAGCGGAGGCUUCUGUCUCUGGCCAGCGCUCCAGAACUUCUCGAUCUGCCAUCCUCAACAAUUAAGAAGAAGGUUCACUUCAACAGGGAGAGCAAAGAGAACACAGUGAGGGAUGAGAGCUCGGAGAGCCAGCUCACCUCCAAGUCCAAGUGCAAGGACCUGAAGAAGAGGCUUCAUGCUGCACAACUGCAGGCGCAGGCUCUGUUGGACCUAGAGAAGAACUACCAGCUCAAGAGCAGGCAGAUCUUGGGCAUGCGCUAGCCUGGGAGCCGCGGUGGGGCCUGGGAGCCGCGGGGGCUCCUGGGAGCCGUGGGUCAGGCACAGGAUUUAGUGCUGCUGUCCUUUAGAGAUGGGUGUUAACUGCUGUGGCUUUCUAUCCCUAGUUCCUGUGCCUCACCUUUCUGUAUAGUGAGCUUGAUAUUUUGGAAUUGCUUUUGCUAUUCUCAGCAACUGUUGUACCAGAUGUUCACAUUUGAAUUUUUCUUUCUUCUUUUAAGACCAUUUUAAGGAAGGAAUGAUUCUUUCUGGGUUGUUUGGGCUGUUAAUCCUGUGUGUGUUUACUACUAGGAAUAUGAGAUCGGACAUUCUACAUAUGGAGGGAGAAAUGUUAGGGAAAAAAAUAUUCGUGCAGGAGCAGCUCUUCUUGGGAAGUUUUAAAUGACCGAUUUGUGUGUUUGCAACUGUCAUGUCUAGCUUUAGAGUCAGAUGUGAGGUUUUAAAUGUUCUUGAACUUCUUGGGGAACCAGAUUGGAUAUAAAUUGGUCACCCCAAGACAUCUUGUUUGUAAAUACACCCUGCAGUGCAGAUCUGUGACGGUGGUGGGGAUUCAUCUCUGUGUUGUAUUCUUCCAUUCCUCGUUACUCUGUUUAACAGUGUCUACACUGGCUAUCCCCC